UGCCAGGUUCUACAGCCUGAGAGUUUCUUGUUACUAAGCAGUUCAAUCUAGAACUAAACCAUAUGGAAUGUGGGGGCAAAUAGUCUCCUUGUCAUGGAAGGUCUCAAAAAUAAUCUAUGUUUCAAAUGAGACAUGAAGCAAGCUAUCAUUAGAAAAGAUCAUGAGCAUUGUGGCUUCACCUGCCAUCUUGCUGCUCUAAUGCAUCAACUCAGCCAGAAGACAGACCAUUGAGAGUCAGCACUGCAUGCAGCCAAGACAAAGCAUUUCCUCCUUUGAUGUCUCAUGGGACAUGGUGGUUAUGGGUGAGGCUGUGGUGCACACGAGAAUAACUCAUCUGCACCUCUGGUUGGAGAUGUUGAUCCUUCUUUCCACAUGGCCCUUGACUGAGCAUGCUCAACACACCAGCCUCCCAGAAGUAGUGAUACCCUUACGGGUCACAGGCAACAGAACAAUGUGGGCUAUGGGAUGGCUGACCUAUAGCUUGCACUUUGGGGGUCAGAGACAUUUUAUCUACAUGAAAGCCAAAAGGGCUUUCAUAUCUAGACAGCUCUCUGUAUUCACUUACACUGACCAAGGUGCUCUACACAAGGACCAGCCUUUUGUCCAGAAGGAUUGCUACUACCAUGGAUAUAUGGAUAGAGACCCUGACUCCAUGGUUGCUCUUACCACCUGUUUUGGAGGCAUUCAAGGAAUAUUACAGAUAAAUGGGACAGUAUAUGAAAUCAAGCCCAAGAACCAUUCUUCCACAUUUGAACAUUUGGUUCGCAAGAUACACAGUGAGGAGACACAAUUACUCCCCAUGAGGUGCGCAUUGACAGAAGAGAAGCUUGCAUGGCAAAUGAAGCUCCAUGGGAAUGAUAACCCCACACUGAUGCAAAGUGGGUAUGAGGGCUGGUGGACCCACAAGAGUUUUCUUGAGCUGGCACUGGUUGUUGACUAUGAGCGAAUUCGUUAUCUGAAUGGCAAUCAAUCUCGUGUGUUACAGGAAAUAUUGAUCAUUGUUGGAUUAAUAAAUGAGAUUUACCUUACACUGGAUGUUGAGGUAGUUUUGCUUGGAGUUGAGAUGUGGAAUGAAGGAAAUCCAGUAACAGUGAAUAACAUAGAUGAUCUCCUGACAGACUUUUGUUUUUGGAAAGGUAUCAGCCUUAAUAAUCGUAUUCAAAAUGAUAUUGCACAUCUUUUUGUGCUAUAUGAUUUUGAACGGUAUCUUGGUUUAGCCUAUGUUGGGACUGUUUGUAUGCCAUGGGAUAAUUGUGGAGUUGAUCGUCUGAUCGGAGAUAAUCUUUUUCAUUUUGGACAAAUUACAGCACAUGAAAUAGGUCAUAAUUUGGGUAUGCUGCAUGAUGAGGGUUCAUGUACCUGUGGAAUGGAACGAUGCUUAAUGGCUCCAACAGACAGUGGCACCCUCAAAUUCAGUAACUGCAGUUAUGCUGACUUUUGGAAAGUCUAUGCUACUACUGCCAACUGUAUGCGCAAGGAAAAGAAGCCAAUAGGCACAUACAAAUUAAAGUCCUGUGGGAAUGGUGUGGUUGAUGAUGGAGAGCAGUGUGAUUGUGGAUCUUGGAAAAAAUGUACAGCAGAUCCAUGUUGUACAAGGGGCUGUACCCUCCAAGGUGGGGCUGCCUGUGCUUUUGGGCUUUGCUGCAAAGAUUGCCAGAUCAUGCCAUCUGGCACAGUGUGCAGAGCAAAGGACAACGAAUGUGACCUUCCAGAAUGGUGCAAUGGACUUUCACAUGAGUGCCCUAAGGAUGUGUAUUUGCUUGAUGGGAGCUCCUGUAAAGAUGGUGGCUACUGCUAUGAAAAGAGAUGUAAUAAUCGAGAUGUACAGUGUCAGCAGAUCUUUGGCAAAGAAGCCAGGAGCGCAGCUCAGAGAUGCUACAGAGAAAUCAACAGCCAAGGUGACCGUUUUGGCAACUGUGGUCUAUUCAGGAGUACAUACUUAAGAUGUAAGGACUCAGACAUCCUCUGUGGGAGAGUGCAGUGUGAGAACGUAAAAGCUCUGCCUUCUUUGAAAGACCAUUCCAGUGUUCACUGGACACAUCUUAAUGGUGUCACCUGUUGGGGGACUGACUACCAUUUUGGAAUGACAAUACCUGACAUUGGCCAUGUGAAAGAUGGCACAGACUGUGGUCCAGAGCACGUGUGCAUUAAUAGAAAGUGUGUCAAUAAGUCGAUUUGGGUAAGUCAUUGCUCACCAGAGACAUGCAAUAUGCAAGGGGUCUGUAACAAUUUACACCACUGUCACUGCAACUCCGGGUGGCAGCCACCAUUUUGUCUGGCACGUGGCUUUGGGGGGAGUGUGGACAGUGGCCCUGCAUCUGCACCUCGACCUCCAACUCCACCUGCACCUCCACCUCCACCCGCACCUGCACCUCCACCUCCAACUGCACCUCCACCUCCACCUGUACCUGCACCUCCAACUCCAACUUCACCUGUACCUGAAUCACUACCCUCACCUCCAACUCCACCUUCAACUCCACCUCCAAAACAAAUGAAAUCCAAGAAAAAUAACUGGGUGAGCAUUAUUCAGAUUCUUUUUCUUAUUUUCCCACUGUUUGUGUUCAUUUGUCUGCGGAAUAAGUAUGGAAUACCACGUAGGAGUAAAGAACCAAGUGUUUCCUCUUCAGAAGAAGAAGAAGAGUCCAGUGACAUCAGCACUGCUAGCAAAAGCUCAUAAUUCCAAAACUCACAACAAAUCUUCCAAACAUUCCCAUGUCUUUCCAUGUGUGAACUUGGCCCUGGAGGCAUUGCUUGUUUAAGAAUUCCCAGGAACAAAACCAUCGAGAUGUUUAGUAUUUCAGGAUUCAAACCUCAGUAAUCAAUAAAAGUCUAGUGCUAACACUUA